CCACCUGCACAGCCAGGAGUCGCUGCGCGCCGCCGCCGCCUUCCCCUUCCGCGCCGCCGACGUCCUGCUCGUCUCCUACCCCAAGUCCGCACGAAUUAAGAAGAUCAAAACUCCUCCAGGAGGGUCGGUGAGACGGACCCAGGACGGCACAGGCGCCGGCCAGCCUGCCCUAGGCACAGCUGCCUUCUGCUGCCAACUUGCGGCGAGGGGUUCCGCAGACAGAUUGCAUCCGGUCUCGGGGCACCCUUACAGGCUUCACGUGCAGCGGCCAGCAGCCUUAAAAGUCAUAAGGACCGGGAGGAUUUGGGUGGAGUGCCUGACAUUCUGUUUGUUUGGGUUUUUAUUCUGCCCUCCCGCACCAGCAGGCUCAGGGCGGAUCACAUUUGUAAACUUUAAAAUUACAACCACAUUUUAAAACAUAACAGGUAUAGAAUAAAUAUUUUAAAACAACUGGAAGCUGCAAACCAGUUCAUUAAUCCAUUUCCAACCGUCAUUGAGAAACAGUUUAAGAAGAAGGAAACUUCUUUUAGGGAGGUGGUCAGAACCUUCGCUCAAGCGGGCAAAGAGCAUCGCAAGGCAGCCUGCGGCCCCGGGAACACGGGCGCUUCCGCCUCUGCUCGCUGCAUCCUGUAGAUGUGCACCUGAGCUGCACCUUCUCCCACACUAACAUGGGUCCUGGGGUGGCUCUAGCCAGGCUGACAGUUUGCCAUGCCGGCAGGUUCCUGUUCCAGCCUGCUGUCCGUGGGCAGGUGUUGCUCUGCCCCUGCCAGCUGGGUGAGCCUAAGAGAGUAACAGAGCACUGUGUGGGAACCGGUCGUGCUGGCCCCGCCUGCUGCAUGCUUGCACCGAGCAGGAAGAUUUUGCCAGAGAGCCGUUCAUUGAGGAGCGUCCCUGCUAGAAAGGAUCCACAAGGGAAGGCAUGGGAGUUUGGGUCCCACUGGGGAGAAAGGCGGGGUGUAGAGGAAGUAAGCUAGGGUUGCCAACCUCCAGGUAGAGGCUGGAGAGCUCCUGGAAUUACAGCUGAUCUCCAGGCUUCAGAGAUCAGAUCCCCUGGGGAAAAUGGUUGGUUUGAAGGAUGAGCACUGUGGCAUUAUACUCCUCUGAGGUCCCUCCCCUCCCUAAACUCUGCUGUCCACCCCCCAAAUCUCCAGGAAUUUCACAACCAGGAGCUGGCAACCCUAGGGGGUCGGGUGGAGGUGGAUUCUGCAGCCAGAGCAGCAGAGUUCACGCCAGUCUUCCAGGACGGUUUACAUUUUUCAGCCUUGGUCUCCUGGGCCAUCUGGCAUCUUUUCAAAUUAAUAACCACACCUUCUGAUUGUAGUGUAGUAUGUGCGUGGGUUUAUAUAUUGCUGCUGGUUGAAUUCAGCAUUUUAUACAUUUGACACAGUAAUCCUUGAACUGCUUCAAUUUGCCAGCAAUUGGGAGUUGUCCUUUAUGCCUACUCUAUGUGGAGCCCCUCUUUUUUUGAUGGGCUCUUGUUUCUUCAUUUGCGGUCUGCAGUGUGACUCAACGCUCCCGUGCCUUGGCAUGCAGGCCCACUUUUUGCUAUUUGUAGUGUAUAACUCUUCCACUUGACUGUAACACUUCCCUGUGGCGGGGCAUGGAGGGAAAUGGCUGUAGCUGACAAAAACUCUGCCACAAUUAAGCCACUCGCCUUUAAGCUGUCCAAAGACUCUUCGCCAUUUCUAGCGGCAGUUUUAACGCAUGAACCUGAAAACAGCAAUCUGUGAAAGACCUUUUAUUUGAGAACAGAAGCAAGCUCAGAAUAAACAAAAAUUCACAGAGGCACAGAGAUACAUUGAGUUUCACAGCUAUGGACUCUCAACUCGACUGGCCUAGGAAUCCGGCAAGUUGUCAGUGCCAUACACAUUUUCAGCACACAUUAAAUACCGUUGCAGACCAAAGAACUCUGAUGUAAGGGCAGUGAUAAACCACAGUUUUUCUUCACCUCUGGAGCUCAGAUCAGAACUGCAAGUUCACUUAUUUAUCACGCCGUCCUGGCUGUUUGGUUAGAAACUCCACAUCUCUGGUUUAGGACAGAACAUGAGAGUUGCAGUCUCUGGUGUCAUGUGACAGGCAUUUUACAGGACAAGGAAGACGUCACAAAGAAAGAAAAAUGUAUUAUAAUAAACUGGCCACAUCAUCUUGAAGAAGCAAGCUCAGAACGGCUUCCCCCCUUCCUCCCGGCCCCCUUUCCUGGCCCUAACUCAGCAGUGCUGGUCACCACACCUGGGAGCUGCCCGAUCAAACUGGUUUGGAGAGGGCUGGAGCCAGCCUGCCCGGAGGCAAGGGAAAGGAUGUGAAGGAGGCCCUUCGCUCCCCAGCAGGGAGAACUGUGGGAAGGCAGCUCCCCAGCGCCUCGGAGCAGCUCUGUACUGGCUGGCUAGGGUGGGAGCAACUCCCCCCCCCAGCCUGCUACUGAUCCUUGCAAGACAAAGAGCAUUCCUACCGGGUGUGUGUGGGGUGGGCGGGCUUUGCUUCUUUUUUGACCAGAGGGAAUUUCUGCAGCUGCAACUUUUCCUUCCCGGAGCAUCGCAGGAGACACCUGGCAGAAUUUCCUCACCAGGGUGCCACAGACCAGGCUGGGGCCAGAUGUGAAGGGGGCGGAGGCUGGGAAGGGGCCAGGAUCUGGUCUGGUUUCAGCUGGGGGGGGCCACUCGUACCAAGUCCCCGUGGGAGGAGGUGCCGUGCAUGGGCAGAGGGCUGUUUUUGCCUCAGCCAGCAACACCUUUCGUCAGGCCUCAUACGGCUGAUCUGGGGGAGGAAGGAAGGAACGUGGUGUCAGGGGGAAACCAAAGUGUCGGGGGAAGCGUCUGCACUGUGCUUCUAGGGGCUCUUGCUUUUGCUCAGAGAGCGAGCGCAGUUGUGCUCGGGCCCUUUUCAGCCUUGCUCUCCAGCCCUGACCUUUCGGUGUGCCCUGUCUGGUUUGCAUUUCUCUGAAGUUUCCAUGUGGGAGGGGGGCGGGGUUGAUGACUUGCUGUGUUCACUUAAUCAUUUCCUACAACGAUGUAGAGGGGAGGGUGCCCUCAAAGCCAGCCCGGAAUGACCUUUACUGACGGAGGGUCCCUCCGGCAUGGUUGCGUCUGCUUCAGGGCUCUGCCGCUGCCCUCUUUCCUAGGCACCACGUGGAUGCAGGAGAUUCUGACCUUAAUCAACAGCAAAGGAGACCCGGAACCAGCCAAGACGGUGCCCAACUGGGCCCGGGCCCCCUGGCUGGAGCAUAUCUACUUCAAGGAGGUUCUCCAAGAGACUGAAGGACCACGCCUUUUCACCACCCAUCUGCCCUGCCAGGUGUUGGCCGCUGCCCUGAAGAAAGCCAAGCCCAAGGUGAUCUAUGUGGCCAGGAACCCCAAAGACGUGGCCGUGUCUUUCUACUACUUCUCGAGGAUGGCCAACUUUUUCCCGGACCCUGGCUCCUUUGAUGACUUCCUCCUUCGUUUCUUGGACGGCACUGUGCACUAUGGAUCCUGGUUCGAGCAUACCAAGGGCUGGCUUGGCAGCCAGAGGGAGCUGGACCUCUUCUGCAUCACUUAUGAGGAGCUGCACCAGGACCUGCGGGGCUCUCUGGAGCGCCUGAGUGCCUUCCUGGGCUGCUCCCUCCAGCCAGGCCAGCUGGACGCCAUCCAGGAGCACAGCAGCUUUGCCUCCAUGAGGGAGAACGCCAUGGUGAACUGCUCGCUCAUCCCUCCAGAGGUCCUGGAUCCCAGCAAAGGCCAGUUCAUGAGGAAAGGUAUUGUUGGGGACUGGAAGAACCACUUCUCCCCGGAGCAGAACAGUCUCUUCAACAAGCGGUACCAGCAGGAGAUGGAGGGCUGCAACCUCACCUUCCAGGGGUUCAUGGACUGACGGACGGCAGGGCCUCCCGUUCUGAAAGCCCAAUCCUGCCUGCGGAGGGAGGUCUUUAGCCGUGCAGAACCACCUGCUUCCACUGGCCGCAGAGAUCUUCCUCCGCCCUGCUUCCUAAGAGCCUUUCGCUGGGGGUGGCUGAAACUCAGUGAGGCUGGCCAUCAUCCCGGCGUCUCUUUGCAGGGGGAGGGAAUAGGGGCUGUGUGCUGCACGAACUCCCAGCGACCUCUCAGGUUUCCUCUCCUACAGGUGUUGCCAAAGAAUUCUCCCAGGUGCUGACAGUUGGCUUUGUUUCCCCCUUUUUGGAAGGUGGGCAGCUGGUUUUCUGCAAUUCUAGAGUGGCUCAGCUGCCAAAAGGUCACGUUCAAAGCCAGCUCCACUUUGCCACCAAUACCUGGUUCCUUGCCCCAGAGUACCCCUUGGGCUUCUUAGCAGGGGACAACAACUGGCUCUUGCUGGCUUCCCCACAACCUCUUUGUGGGAUUGGGGGGAAGAGGAGGCAGAGAGCAGCUGGAAGGCAUAGUGUACAUCUGCAAAACUGACCCGGUUUAGCAUCAGGCACGGGUUGGGUAAGGCUGGUACUGGAGGAGCCAGAUGUCAGCUGCACUUUGACUGCAAAAGGAGAAAUGGUGGUCUCCAAUGAGCAUUCCGGGAGGGCCAAAUAAUUCCCCAGGGGUGGCUGCUGCUGUUGGAAUUAAGAACAACAGGCAGGUCUCCACAAGGAUUUUUUGAUCGGCUUCACCAAGGCCAUACCCCUGAUAACGAUUCUGUUUUGCACUCACACAUUUUGUCUACUGAAGGUUAAACUAGAUGAGACACCCGCGUGCCCUCUCAGCAUUUCUAAAGCAGGAGUGGAGCCCUGUAGGAGGGAGGUGGGAGAUGGGUUAAUAAUUCUGCCACACCUCCCCAUGUGGCUUUGCCUAUUGAAACCCCCCCCCCCCCCAAAUCUGUGUUUGGGUCCUGGUUGCUGGGAGCAAGCGAGACUCGCAAAUGGUUUAAAUGAUAUUAUAGAUUGAAUAUAUUCGCCUUGAAAGAAAAAGAAGAAAACAGUAUUCCUCCCUACAGAUUCCCCCAUUUAGGUUUCCCCAACAUUUUUAAAAAGUUAGUCACAGAUCUCUGUUUCGAUGCCACGCAUCUACCUACGAGGCACACACGGCUGUACUUCAGAUUCAAUAAACUGCUUGCUCAGCGCCA